UUCACUUCAUCGUAUACUCAAAUACCAACACAUACGUGAACACAUUUUUAAAAAAUACGUAGAAACUACAUUCUCUGUAUAGAGUGAGAUAUAUCGAAGCAUGUGGAGGAGGUUAUGUUGGUGCGGGGCUUUGAAGCAGGGUGUGUCUGCGGCCGACGGGAGGAAGCUUCCGCAGUCACCUCAAAACCGACUGUUGUUAGAGGGAGUGACAUUACGAACCAAUCCAGUCUUCCACAGAACAAAAGCUUGGUCAUCUUCUCCAUCUUCUGAUGUCGAUGCAACCUCCGAUUUGAAAAAGACGAGAGCAGGGACGGGCAGCGUAACGCUGGCGGAGGCGAAGAAGCUGAUGAAGCUGGUGAAUGUGGAAUCACUAAAGACCAAGCUAGAGACGGAAGGCAAAGAGGUGAUCCGCUACCCGGAGUUACUGAAGGCCUGCGAGAGUAUGGGCGUUACCAGAAAUCUCGACGAGGCCAUCAGUUUUGCACGCGUUCUCGACGAGGCAGGCGUGGUGCUUCUUUUCCGCGACAAGGUUUAUCUUCAUCCGGACAAGGUGGUGGAUCAUAUUAGAAAAGCAGUCCCUCUUGCUUUUGCUCCUGAAGACGACCCCAUAAGGGACGAGCUAAAGAAGUUGCAGGAGAAGAAGGAAGAAAUCGACGUGCUGGCACAUAAGCAAGUCCGGUGCAUCCUUUGGUGUGGUCUGGGAUUAUUCGUUGCACAAGUGAGCCUGUACUUUCGGCUAACAUUCUGGGAAUUCUCAUGGGAUGUAAUGGAACCGAUUACGUUCUUCACCACGGCCACCGGCAUCAUCAUAGGCUAUGCUUACUUUUUGCUUACUGCAAGAGAUCCCUCGUACCAGGAUCUGUUGAAGAGGCUUUUCCUGCGGAGGCAAAGAAAAAUAUUCCAGAAGCAUGGGUUUGACGUCGCCAGGUUUAAAGAGUUGCAAAACAAGUGCAGAACGCCUUUCGAUGCCUCCACUUCCAUCCGGAAUCGAGUAGGCUUGGACGUUGAACUUGAUGACGCCUUACACAAGGAUUAG